AUGGGUUUGGUUCCUCUGUGUUUCUGUCUGGAUAUGGGUUUGGUUCCUCUGUGUUUUCAGUCUGAUCAUGGGUUUGGUUCCUCUGUGUUUCAGUCUGAUUGUGGUUUGUUCCUCUGUGUUUCUGUCUGA